AUGCCAGUUGGAGGAGGAAAUUUUGGAGAGCAGAAAUGUAAAAGGCUUUGGAGUGAAGGUGCUGGUGGUCAGUGGUUGCUGACAGGUUCAAGGUUCAAGGUUGAAAUGCACCUCAGGUUGGGGGGGCAGAAAGGAUGGAAGGAGAAGCUGCUUCCACCUGCUGCUGCUUUGCUUUGCUCUCAAUGCUCUACCUAUUCCUUCCUCCUGGCUCCUGCUGCUUCCAGAUUGCUAGGAAUAGGAACCUGGAUCCGUACUGUGCGUCCAGCUGUGCGUCCCUCGGUCUCCGCAGGGCCAUCAGUGAAGCUUUACGACGUGCGGCACCUCUUCCCACUUCAUCAUCCACCUCCUGCAGCCAACCCGGUGACACGGCAUCACACGGCAUCAACCUAG